UAAGAAUGUAAAACCAACAGAGAUGCUUGAUAAAUGUAAUUGGCUCUUAGCUGGAAGAAAAGCUUACCUAUCUCGUUAAUAUUCGAAGCGAGAUUGGGUGUAUGUGAGUCACUACGCCAGCCUUGAGUCUCUCUAGCCCCCAACUGCUGGCUUAUAACAUGCUGCUUCCACGCGUAAUGGAUGGUCUCGGUCCAUUCUCUCUACAUGCUUCGUCAAUUACCUUUUCCCUUUCUGGGGCUGUUCGUAUCGAAAUGGCCACAAGACCUUCUGGCACGAGUUGCUUAAGUGCUGAGCCUCAUGAAGAGAAUAUCAAAGACCCUUUGCUCCACUAUCUUGGGUGCAUUGAAAUAUAUCAAAGAAAGGAAUUUCUUGAAGAGAAAAUUGCCUCGGACGAUGAGCUCAGCGAUCAGAAAUCGCUUCGAAUAGACACCCCGGUCUCCCAAGCAAUACAAACUGAAGGUACCAUCAGAUCGGGUCAGAAAAUCGACGGUAAAUGGAAACAAAGCAUUGAGAAGGAGUUGCAACGAAUUUCCCGCCUACGCCAUACGUUGUCAAAUGAUCAGAACGAUAAGGUGCUUGUAAUGGAGGUAGAAGAGAGCUACAAAGAAUGGCGGAAUUCAGUGACCGAACAGCAACUACACGACAUUAGGGAAUGGCGCAAAACGCUGAAAAAAGAAAACUCUGUUGUUGAGCCAGUUAUCGAACAGGCGACAGAAUACAUGCUAGAGGACGAUAUAUCUGUCCCAGUUAUUCAAUUCUGCGGCCACAAGGAACCCACUCAGACCAGGGAUGGAAACUUUCCAAACCAGAAAACGACUGUCCACAAGCUUCUGUGUUCAGAACCCAACAUAUUACACAAACAACAUAGUUCCAGCGUUAAUCGUAUCAGAUACUUCCAUAUUCCUUCAAAUAAUAUGAUUUGGGCUGAAAAAGCUAUAGCGCGUUAUUAUGGCGACCUCAAGUCCGACUUUACUGCAACGCAGCGUCAGAAACAACGACCUAAAGAUACUAGUACAGGCAUAAUUCUUCAGGACCGUUUCUGGCAGGGGCAAUUGCAUGGGGAAGUGAAUUCAUUACCGCACGCGAGAUACAUGUCUCCAAUGUGCGAAACUAUCUCAUCAUCAAUCAACACGCCUGAUCGUAAUCCAAAUAAUGUAGUGCUCUUUAUGCCAUACCUCCACUGGGAGACUUCAGUAAGGCGAGAACAAUUUGCUGAUGAAAUUGGCAAGAUCGUUCUACGGAGAGCUAAAGGUCUUAUAACGAAAGAGUCCAAGGCAAAAAGAGAUCGCCAGCUAGAAAGACAACCAAUCACUAAGAUGACACUGGAUGAGCGGCUGAAUUCACUCCCACUGUUAGGGGGACAAAUUGAAGCAAUGGGGGACGCUGUAGAUGAAUAUAUCAGAGCAAGCGAUCAAUCCUCCAAUGAAUCGAAUGUUGGUCCAUUCCAAUGCGCCAAUCCUUUGGGACGCUAUCUCCUUGCUGCAGCCCGCCUAUAUGAAGGCAUGGCAACUUAUAGAGACAAGAUGCUUCUACGCGAGUAUCUUCCUCUAGAUGCUGCCAUACACCCUCGUCGGACUCUCGAUCAGGCCUUUUAUUGGACCCUCAACUCAACAAAAAAGCGUGACAGAGAUCAAGUCGUAUAUCGAGGCACCACAGUUGCCGACAGAGACUUCCACCACUAUGAUCAUGAGAACAAUGUAUGGCCAGAUCACAAGGGGCUGGGGGGUAGAGCCUGUGAGACUUGCCGGACGAAUAUAAGAAAAUUGUCGCGAGUUGUCAUGGUAGAUCAACUUUGGAUGUGGAUCUUGGAUGGCAAGACUCUUAUAACAUGUUUUCCAAAGCGGUACGGCGUAAACAAACAAGAUUGGUCAGGAGUACACAAGUCGAUUAGAGCUACGCUGGAGAGUCUUGGGUCCAAUCAGGUACGGACGGUUUUCGAACUGGGCCUGAUCGUACUAGAUGAAUGUACCAGGACGUUCUUUGAUCGCGCAAAGGUUCUAGAUCGACAACCACAAGUUAUUGACGAGUUCUCCAAAGCAAUUGGCAAUAUUAUGCAUAAGCAGACCACGGCGUUCCAACGACUUUGCAACUGGACAUGCGAAGCUGGAAUAAUAUUCCGAUCAAAGGGGUAUAUUGACACCAGCGAGCUUCACAUACCGCUCCUUGACAUCAAUAUCGAAGGAGACCUAGAGCGAGAAAUCGAGGAUGUCGUUGAGGAAUUGGAUAUAAUGCUCCAUAUCACAAAUACCUAUAAGGAUAUUGUCAAAAGAUAUGUUGAACAAGCUGAGCACAUAAUUGACAGAGACGGUAAACUUAGCCAAAGCUUCCAACGUUAUCUGGCAGAAGAGGACAACCCGACCAAGGAAGAGGAAGACUAUCGAUCCUUCAAGCUCAAGGCUGAUGAAUGCCAGGAAAGAGUGAAUAGUCACAUCAAGGAUCUAGAGUCCCUGCGCGGAAGCGCGAAAAAUGCUGCUGAAGAUGUCUUGCAUUUGCUUUCUAUGAAGCAGCAACAGGCAAGCGUUGUCCAAGCUUGGCAAGCUGUCAGGCAAUCAGAGGAAACCAUCAAACAGGGAAGGUCGAUUAUGGUAUUCACGCUUGCUACGAUCGUCUUUUUGCCACUUUCUUUCUUGACGAGUGUGUUUGGGAUGAACAACAGAGAGUUUGGUGACAACAACUGGGGCCUGAGAACUCAAUUGACAUAUAUAUUCGGAAUUUCAGCUGGAGUCGUGUUCAUCAGCCUACUCUUUGCGUUCAGCGCACGGCUAAGAGCAGUGACCUGGUCCUUUUAUUCUCUGGCCACUACCAAGCUUAUGAUCAAGACCGGCAUAUACUCGUACUUCGUCGGGCAUAAGAAUAGCGAGCAGAUUUUCGCGUACACAAGUGCUAAGAUUGACAAGAUGAAGAAGAAGAAAAAGGACGAAGUCCUCGAUAGCAGAAUUGAAGAAGUAGAGGAAGUAGAGAAACGCGAGACACAAAGAGCGGCGAGGAGACGGGUAACGAAGAACUCAGGUGUCGAUGGUACGAAUGAACAACCGCAGAACAAGGCAUCGUCGAGCGAAAUGAGGAUUCGUGAUUUAUUGUGUGGCUUGGAAAUCUCUUUUGCGCGACACCGAAACAAGAAAAGAGAUAGAAAUGACGGGCGUACGAACGACGAUAUUGAGAACGGGAACUUGGUAGAUGCUGAGAAAUGACGAGUCGCUUGAUAGUCGAUCAUCGUGUAUGAUAAGUCACUGUUGAACUGUUAUAUAGAGUCAGCUGGCGCGGAGUGAUAGAGAAGAUAGGGGUUGCUCGUAAUUACCUUAGACUUGAACUAUUCCUUUCCCA